AACAUUCGAGCAGACAAAUCAUAUCAACGCAUUAUUUGCAUCUGGCAGUCCAUCCAAGUCAACUCGACAGUCAAACCGACAAGCAGUUCAUGAUGCCUGGGACAAGCGUUGCCGCCACGCCCAGCACCGCGUCGUCCACUCCGGUGCCCCGAAAGACCUCAGUCGCGCAACCAGAGAGGAAGUACAAAUGCCAGUUCUGCGCAAGGGCAUUUAGUCGGAGUGAACACCGAAGCAGACAUGAGCGAUCGCACACCAAGGAGCGCCCUUUUAAGUGCAUGAAGUGUAGAAGUACCUUUGUGCGACGCGAUCUUCUUCUUCGCCACGACCGAACUGUUCAUGCAAAGGAUGGAGGUGUCCCUCUUCACAGCGAUGGAAAGCGUCGCGCUGGUCCUAAGGCACCUCGACUAGGUGGUCCUUCUAAGUCGUCAAUUGCUAUUGACAAUGCUGCCCUUGAGCAAAUUGAAGCCAGCAGCGAAGGUGUCUUUGAUGUAGAAACAGCUGCCAUGUUGGUUGCCGAUCUUCAACAUAAGGCCUCGGCUCAAGCCGAAGCUGCCAUGGGGGCAAACGGUAGUCCGUACCAAGGCUCCUCGGCCAUGUCGGGAGUGCCCUAUUCACACAAUGGCGCCACCAUGAUGGACAAUCCAGUCGCGUAUCCCCAUGAGGAGCUGCCUCCUCACGGCGUUCAAUGGGAUGCUUUCAUGCCGCAGGCUGUUUCAGAAACUAAGGCCCAUUCCAUCACAUCGACGGCUUCUGGUUCUUUCGACCAACACUCCUUUGCUAGUGUGAGUACUGCCCAAUACCAGGCACAACCCCGCGAAAGCCACCUUCCCAAUCAAACCUGUAACGGUCUCGUUCCUGCCCUGCAGUCAAUGAUCAAUUCGCUUACCCCAAAUGCCUCCACCGGCACCUCUACUCUUGUUUCCUCUACUCCCGUUUCACUGCACCUGACACAAUGCUUUGAAUCAAUGGCUGACCCGCCCAAGUCCCCGGCGGGAUUCAAGGCUCCCCAGGUUCACAGUGAUGAGGAGCGGAACAUGAUAUUGGAUCACAUCCGAGAGAACGAUCGCGAGCACGCCAUUCCCGAAGGCUUCCGCGUCCCCAGUUUGGGUUCGUUGAACCGCUACCUGUCAACCUACUUCGGACUCUUCCAUCAUCAUCUGCCGUUCCUCCAUCCAGCUUCGUUUAGGCCUACCGAUGUCUCCCCCGCACUAUUGUUGGCAGUUCUAUCCAUCGGUGCGCUCUACGCCUUCGAUCAAGAUCAGGCAUACAUGCUCCACAUCGGAUCCAAGGUUCUCGUCAACCAAUUUCUGCAGAACAAGGAGAACUUCAGCUCCCGCAAGUGUCCUCUAUGGACCAUGCAGAGUUCACUGCUUAACAUGGUCUUUGCAAGCUGGAGCGGUGAUCCGAAGGGCCUCGAGUGGGCCUGUUCCAUCAAGAGUCUCCUGGCCAACAUGGUGGCCGGAAACCGCUACGAGUUGAAACUCAGACAAGAAGCUCGCACUGUACAUUCGCCCACGCGUGCUGAAUGGAUAGAAGACGAAGGCUGCUGCCGUACAUACUACGCUGUCUACAUCUUCUUUGGUCUGCUCACGCUGACGUACAACCACACGCCGGCGAUUAGCUUCAAUGAGUUCGAGGAUUUACAUCUGCCCUCGUCCGAGGCGCUCUGGAAUUCCAAAGUAACGGAAGAAGCAUCCUGGCAAGAGCAGCUUAAGGCAUCUGCCGCGGUGACUUUCAUGGAUGCUCACGACAACCUUUUCCAAGGUGAGACGUUGAAGUACAGUGCAUUCGCGACGCGUGUUAUGAUCAACGCUCUCUUCCUUGAAGUUUGGUACCACAAGCGCAGCCCUGAAGCUCUGCAGGACGUUGUUACAGAAUAUAAACUCCGAUUGGCUCUGGAGACGUGGGAGAAAUCUCUCGAUCUCUGUGAACCCGAGGUUGAUGCGGUUCCUCUGAGCGCUCCUCACAAGGGUCACCCGCUCAUCUUCAACGCGAAGGCGAUGUUUCGCAAUGCCCGGGCGCGCCUGGAAGUUGAUCUGAAAACGGUGCAGGAAGCCCUUCGCUAUCAUGACCCGUAUGAGGUUGCUGCUGCUAUGUCCAAUGCACGUGAUCGGGUCCGACGGUCCAGCGAGAUGAUCAAGGUCAUCCAGGAAUGCUACAACUGCAUUGAAACGGCUGUCCAUCAAGGUGUCAGAUGGGUGGCUCGCACGUCGCCGACAAACUGGAGCAUUGAACAUCCACUUUGUGGCAUGGAUCUGAUGAUCAUUUUGACUCUGUGGCUUUAUCGCCUGGAACAUGACGAAGAAGCCGCAUCUGAUGAGGAAGGAGCCAUGUACAUGAAGAUUCGGACGUUAUUCGAAACGGAAUCGGAAAACCCUUUGCCCGGGCAAUUGAGCUCGACUGUGGCCGGUCUCUGGGGUUCUAUGUUAUCCGAGGUAGUUGUGUGGGGCAUCACCAGACUCAUGGGUGAAUCCUUCCAGCUGCACUCGCAAGCUCUCAUCGGUUAUGUGGACGACGUUGAGGCGUCAUCGAACGUCUCGACACCGUCCAUGAUCUCCCAAGGUGCCGACGAGGAGAGUGUGUACUAGAUAUUUUGACGACCCUCACGAUCUCCUUUGUCAGCUGUCUCUUUGAUGAUGGAUUUCCUUGGCAUAUACCUCGUGCGCCGUGUUUCUGCU